GAGAUGAAGGCCCUCUUUUCUGCUGUCCGCCAUUUGAGGUGGAUUUGGCGCCAGGAUGCAGAUUUUUGUCAAAACCCUCACGGGGAAGACUAUAACCCUCGAGGUUGAGCCUUCGGAUACCAUCGAAAAUGUCAAGGCCAAAAUCCAAGACAAAGAGGGAAUCCCUCCUGACCAGCAGAGGCUGAUCUUCGCCGGCAAGCAGCUGGAAGACGGACGCACUCUGUCCGACUACAACAUCCAGAAGGAGUCGACCCUCCACUUGGUGUUGAGGCUGCGCGGCGGGGCCAAGAAGAGGAAGAAGAAGUCCUACACCACCCCCAAGAAGAACAAACACAAGAGGAAGAAGGUCAAGCUGGCCGUGCUCAAGUACUACAAGGUGGACGAGAACGGCAAAAUCCACCGUCUUCGGCGCGAGUGUCCGGCGGACGAGUGCGGCGCCGGCGUGUUCAUGGCCAGCCACUUCGACCGCCAUUACUGUGGAAAGUGUUGCCUCACUUACUGCUUCAACAAGCCCGAGGACAAGUAGUCGCAUGGACGUUCGGUUUAAAACAUUUGUUCAAUAAAAACACGUUUCUCGACCUCAA